AUGGUUUCGAAUUAUCAAUAGAAUUCCAUUUUAUAAUAAAAUGUUCAAAAAUAAUCAGGAACAAAGAAUUCGUGUAGUUAAACGUUUUCUUAAGAUUAAAAAAUUCUUAAUGCCUCAAGCAAAAUAAAUUAUUAGUUAUAAAGUAGUUGUUGUAGCCUGCAAAUGAAAACUAGAAUAAGAAUUUUGAGACUAUUCCGUUUAGCUCAAGAAUAUCUAGAUUAUUUGAAAAAUAAUGUCUAAAUUAAGAAGCAGAAAUUCUAUUCAGCGCAUCAAGAGAUACUUUUACAACCUAAAUGUUAGAUAAAUAGUAAACUGUUUAAUUUUAUAUCCUUUUAGAAAUUAGUAGGGCGAUAAAAAAGUGA